AUGAACCUGGAUGAUUGUCAGAGCAAUGGCCCCUCCCAAAGCACAUCCAGUUUAAAAGGAGUCAGAAGGAGCAGCAUCCAUCAGAACAGUCACAGCAACUACUACAACUACUGCACCAGCAACGAAUACAACUACUACACCAGCAACGACUACAACUACUGCACCAGCAACGAAUACAACUACUGCACCAGCAACGACUACAACUACAGCACCAGCAACGACUACAACUACAGCACCAGCAACGACUACAACUACAGCACCAGCAACUGCUACAACUACAGCACCAGCAACGACUACAACUACUGCACCAGCAACGACUACAACUACUGCACCAGCAACAACUACAACUACUGCACCAGCAACGACUACAACUACAGCACCAGCAACAACUACAGCACCAGCAACAACUACAGCACCAGCAACGACUACAACUACAGCAACGACUACAACUACUGCACCAGCAACGACUACAACUACUGCACCAGCAACAACUACAACUACUGCACCAGCAACGACUACAACUACAGCACCAGCAACAACUACAGCACCAGCAACAACUACUGCACCAGCAACGACUACAACUACUGCACCAGCAACAACUACAGCACCAGCAACAACUACAGCACCAGCAACGACUACAACUACAGCACCAGCUAUAACUACAGCACCAGCAACAACUACAACUACUGCACCAGCAACGACUACAACUACAGCACCAGCAACAACUACAACUACUGCACCAGCAACGACUACAACUACUGCACCAGCAAAAACUACAACUACAGCACCAGUAACAACUACAGCACCAGCAACAACUACAGCACCAGCAACGACUACAACUACUGCACCAGCAACAACUACAGCACCAGCAACGACUACAGCACCAGCACCAGCAACAACUACAGCACCAGCAACAACUACAGCACCAGCAACGACUACAACUACAGCACCAGCAACAACUACAGCACCAGCAACAACUACAGCACCAGCAACAACUAUAACUACUGCACCAGCAACAACUACAGCACCAGCAACGACUACAGCACCAGCACCAGCAACAACUACAGCACCAGCAACGACUACAACUACAGCAUCAGCAACAACUACAGCACCAGCAACGACUACAACUACAGCACCAGCAACAACUACAGCACCAGCAACGACUACAACUACAGCACCAGCAACAACUACAGCACCAGCAACGACUACAACUACAGCACCAGCAACAACUAUAACUACUGCACCAGCACCAGCAACAACUACAGCACCAGCAACAACUACAGCACCAGCAACAACUACAACUACUGCACCAGCAACGACUACAACUACAGCACCAGCAACAACUACAGCACCAGCAACGACUACAACUACAGCACCAGCAACAACUACAACUACUGCAGCCUCCUCUGCUGUGUCUGA